GUUUAACAACGUCCAAAGCCUUGCUGUGCCUCAGUCAUCAUCACACUGGCUUGCUGCAUGCAGGCUCCAACCUAGUAAAACACUAUUCGUGCACUUCAAUCUUAUCAGCUACACCAAUUGCCCCUUUUUAAUGCACAACGUGUCGCUAUCAUUACUGCUAAUAUUCGUUGAAAUAUGAAUCGUUGUAUUGUUUUAAGCUGCACCAUAGCUUCGUUACUGGGACUAGUCCAUUCUACACCAGCGAAUCCAACAGUUGGUCUGAAUGAUGAGUGCUCCAGGGACAGAGAUUGCCAAGUUAGCAUUAAAUACAGCCGAUGUCACUUGGGUUUCUGUAAUUGUCAGCCUUUCUUUGCGCCCUACAAUGAAACCACUUGCGUCGAGUCGACUCUCUUGGGGAAUGAAUGCGUUGUGCCAGAGCAGUGUUCCAUGAAAGUGGCGAAUAGCAGUUGUCUAGCGGGUGUAUGCAGAUGUGAGGAAGGCUAUCUUCAGUACAGAAAACAUACCUGUUUGCCACCUGCUCGACCUGGUCAGGUCUGCUACAGUCAUGAACACUGUCGUCUCUGGGACAGUGACACCCACUGUGACUUUUUAAUUCCUGAUUUAUUCGGUUACUGCCAGUGCACAGCACCCAUGAAGAGAGAUGGAGAUAUCUGUCGACAUAAUUCACUUGUAAUCCAACCAUCGCUCACCACAAGUUCUCCAACCGCUGGAACCCCCCCUGAAGAGGACAAUAAUGAGGAACUGAUUGAUGAUACGACGGAUUCAGGUUUUCACCUCUCCUGGCUGAAGAAUGCAACGAGAUUGUUAUCAACAACAAUAACAACAUCAAAAAUUCCCACAAACAUGGUGACAAGACCGAUGUACAGAACGCCGAGACCGCAUCACGAGAGCACAAAUGAACUUCCCGAUGACAACGAUGCAGUGGUGAUAGAGGCGGACGUCAUCACCGAGUUGAUACAAACAACGACAUUAGCUCCAGCACCAACAAAGUCAGAUCGCCACGAGACAUCCACUGUAACACCAGUGAGCCUCGGAUUAUCAUGCAGCAACGAUCUCGAGUGCAGAAUGGCUGAUGCAAAUUCACGAUGCAUUCACGGAAUAUGUGACUGCACUAUUGCCCAUGGGAACAGCAGUAUUGCUUGUAAUGGAAAAAAAACAGGCUGUCCAAGUGGUACAUUUCAGUGUCGUGAAUCGGGGGCGUGCAUCAGCUGGUUCUUCGUUUGUGAUGGAAGACCAGACUGUGGAGAUGGCUCUGAUGAAGAGUGCACUAAUGGAAGUUGUCCUAGUCAGGCAUUCAGGUGUGGAAAAAGUGGAAUUUGCAUAUCUCGGGCUGUACAAUGCGAUGGGAGACUCGAUUGUCCGCAUGGGGAGGAUGAAGAUGGAUGUAAAAAUCGGAGAAGAUGUCCGGAGGGAUCAUUCCGCUGCAAUAAUGGCCAAUGCCUUCCUGCGUACGAAUUCUGCAAUGCAGUUGUCUCCUGCAGGGAUGGAAGUGAUGAGCCUCGGGGUGCGUGUCGUACGCGUAAUCGGAGUCGAUUGUCCGCAAGGAGUUGUCCUUUCCGGUGUGCGAAUGGACGCUGUCGUUCCGAUGCUAUUACCUGCAGUGGACGAGACGGUUGUGGUGAUGGAUCUGACGAACUUAAUUGUUCAGUUUGCAAGUGCCCAGUAGUUCAAUAAACCAAAGAUCGACAGAAUCAAUCACUCAACUGAGGACAUUGCGUCAUAAAUAUUUACUUAAGUAUUAAAGUGACUAAAUAUUCCUAGGUAGCUAAAUGUAAUUAAUUAUACAAUAAUUAUUCAUAAUGCAUUACGUGUAGAGAUAUAGUGACUAUUGCAAUCCGAUUUUUUAAUUUCAGAUCAAAUUUUUCUCGUAACAUGAAAAUCUCAAAUCCCCCGGACAAUUUGACAUUUUAUUUUUGUAUCUCUAGAAUUUUUAUAGUCGAUAUAAGUUGUGAUUUUUUUCAGAACCAACACUAGAAAAUCAUAAUGAAUUUCUCCCAGUGUUGUGUAUUAAAGGAAUAGUCAGAUAAUAGCUGUUAAAAUUAAUUACAAAAAAUUUACUGAUGUACCCGUUUUAUUUAAUUGUUUGCUGCGUCAGGAGUCGAAUGUAAUGGAUGCGGAGUUUAUUACAUCCGACUUCUCACAUGCAACGCAAACUCAGUACUUUUCUUUCAAUGAAAUAUGCAGUUCGUGUCAGUUACUCAUUCUCCCAUGAAAAUCAUUUUUCGCUGAUUAUUGGAGAGCUACGCAGAUGUGCUACACCAAUUUGUACAAUUUUACCAUUUUACAUACAUUUCAGAGAUUUUUUCUCUCAAUUAAGAUUAUUUAAGUUAAUUAAGGGAUUUUGUUCACUUGGAUUUUACGGAAAUUUCAAAGGUGUAAAGACUGUAUUUUUUCAAACAAGACUUCGUAAAUAAAAGAUUUUUACUGUGA